AUGACUAGCACGCCUUACAUACCACGGAACGUAUGGCGUAAAGUACGAGAUCUGAUGCUAUGCGUGUCAGUAGGGUUGAUAGCGUUGGAAUUGGGUGGUUGGGAUAUACGCACAAACGUCGGGAUUAAAUCCACUAUGAACCCCUAUAAUCUCCCAGGGUUCUUACAAUAUUCCAAAUGGAAUCCACACGAAAACCGCUGGAUCCCAUUCUCAUCCACUCCUCCUCCUCUACUCAUAGCAUCGUUGAUACGUUCAUCCUGGGCUGUGAAACCGCCUUCUGGCGAGUCGGAUCUCAAAGACCCGAAAGGAUGGUGGGAGAAGGAUGUAGCUCCGGAUGGGAAUCAAUGGGAAGAUGUAAGUUGGGCAAAGGGGAAGACGGUGUUGCUUCUGGGGGAUAGUGUGAGCAGGUUCCAUGUGAAGUAUCUGUGUGAGAUGGCAGGCGAACCACUCCAUGAGAUGCCAUGGGGUCACCCCUUCUCUCCACCUAAAAUGGAAGGUGAAGAAGCCAAACCUGAGGAAGAGAGACUACCAGAGACAUUGGAAGAGAUCGAACGAGCCAAGUCAAACUCACAAACCGAAAAGAACCUGCGUCGGCGAGAUUUCGAUGCAGAAGAACUAAGGGAUAUCCAACCUGAACCUGUUGCUGAACAGUCAAAUAACGGUACGGUGUAUAGUUAUGGGAAAAGGGAUGGAUCCAGACAUGUAGGAAAUGAAGGUGGAUAUAUGGGACAUUAUUGUCAUAUACCUGGUAUCGAUCUGAUGGUCAUUCAGGUUUUUAAUUAUGGUUUGGAUGAAAAGAACUUCUGGACAUUGAGGAACGAUUACAUUCCCCCGUAUACCAUAGAAUCCCGUCUUACCCUCCUCGCCCGGCCGUACAUCCGAGCAGCAGGCAGAUCGUCGACUGCUCCCGAGUUGACCUAUGUAGGUUCGGCAUUGUGGGAUACGACGAGGUGGAUGAGGGAGGAUGCGGCUGAUGGGAAGGAUAUAUCUGAGGGAUUGACCAGAGAACGACUUAAUUGGUAUAGAAUCAGGAUACGUCAAGUACUGAUGCAUGCCAGACAGGUCUUCCCAGAGACUAGAUUGAAAUGGGCUACUCAUCAUUAUCCCCUUCGAGCCAUGUCAGGUUGGUUUUUCGAAGGCAACCAAUCCCAGAAACCCCAAAGACCUCAACAGAAGCUCAAUAGGCUUUCACCCCUGCAUGAAGCGGCUGUAUCUGCUAUAGAGGAUCUAGGCGAUGCGACCUCGGAGCAGAGGAGCGUACUGAAAAAUGUAGAGCUGGGAUUGUGGGGUAGGAAAAUGAUCGGUAUGGAAGACCAUCAAAAAGAUGACUUACAUCAAAACCUGUUACCUGGUGGAUAUUUAUGGGCAGAUAUGAUAUUAUACGAUCUACGAGAGGCGGUAACUAAAAAAUGGUGGCAGUAG